UAUACGAGUAACCCGGCAGUCUCUGUGCGCUCGGCCUCAAUAACAGAACUAGCCAUGGCAUCGCAGAGGCUCCUUGCUGUCGAUUUCGAAGUGUUUGGGCGUGUUCAAGGUGUCUUCUUUCGCAAGUACACCCAGGAUGAAGGAAAGAAGUUAGGUGUACGCGGCUGGUGCAUGAACACCCACCACGGGACUGUUGCUGGACAAUUGGAGGGACCUCAAGAUAAAGUGAUAAUGAUGAAAGAAUGGCUACAGAAGACUGGAAGUCCAAGCUCUCGAAUUGACAAGGCUGAAUUCAAGAAUGAGAAAGAAAUUGAAGAUUAUUCUUUCAAGAGCUUUUCAGUUAGGCAUUAAGUUGCCAGAUUAAACACUUUUAAUUUCCAACCACAUAUCAGAAGAGUUUUAAGCAUAAACAACAAAUGACAAAAGUGGAGGAAAAAAUUCAUAUAUUGUUAGUUUUGGCCAUUAUUGAUCAGAUUCAUAUUUUCCCAUUUAUAACAAACCACUAAUAAAAUUUAUUGUAUAUUUAUACAUCAUACUACUACUAAAAUGUGGUCCCAGAGUAUAAUAGCCUACUUUUUUUUUCCCCUUUAUUGGCACUUCAAAGUCAAUGUGUUGCAUAUGAUUACUUCAUAAAUUUCUGUGGCUAGACAGUCAAUAAACUUGAGGAAUUAUAAUUUUAUUAUGUAAUUUAUUUUCUUUGAUGUGCAUCAAGUCUCUGUUCUUGUGUAAAUGUAUUCUUGUUGAUCCAAUACAUUCAUCUGUCU